UCAAAGACGAAGCAGCAGUAUUAAAAGGCCAUCCCUAAAAAUCGUGACACUUUCAUCACUAGGGAGUGCUUGUAUGUGAUUAUACAAGCUGAUAUAUACUGUGUGUGAUACUAGAACAUCGUUUUCAACAAGGUUAUAUGAUCCUUUUUUUGUUUUCAAGAAGUGUAACAUUUGUCUUUUGUUUAUUGUUAAAAGAAAAAAUGGCGGAAAGCAAUACAAAGGCAUUGCCAGUAAAGGACCAACGCAAAAUGGAGACAUCCACAAAUGAGGAGACAGGGCCUGUCCCCGAUGGUGCCGCUUCUGGUGACCACAACGCUGCUGCUUCGGUCGGUUCUGGUGCCCCGGGCGGUACUGAUCGGCACACAUGCCUCAAUGUGGGAGACCACAUCGUGGUUUUUCCGGGAAACGAGUCGUGCUCCGAUGACACCUACGACAAGACAGCAGAUGACGAUUACACGGAACCCGAGGAAGUCCGAUUUGGUCACAAGGCAAGAGAGCGUAUCGUGGAGAUGUGGAACAGGGCAAAAUCUUCUAGGCUUUGCUGGAUAGCACUUGGUUGUGGACUCACGAUGGUCAUCUCAAUUGUUACCGCUGCAAUCAUGGAACUUCAUCUCCUACGUGGAGAGAAGGCAACAGAAUCACUAAAAACUACCACUGCGACUACCAGUACUGUGGCUUUGCCUACCGACGCUAUGACAUUGCCAACCCACAUUGUGGCCUUGCCGACCAGCGCAAUGAUCUUUCCAAGCACCAAUGUUUCCUUGACAACCACCACUGAGACAUUACCUGCCACCGCUAUGACAUUGCCUUCCACCGCCAUGACCUUGCCUACCGCCGUUGUGACCUUGCCUACCACCACCGAGACUUUGCCUACCACCACCGAAACCUUGCCUACCACCACCGAAACCUUGCCUACCACCACCGAGACCUUGCCUACCACCACCGAAACCUUGCCUACCACCACCGAGACCUUGCCUACCACCACCGAGACGAUGUCUACCACCACCGAGACCUUCUUAGCGACCACCAAGACCUUGCCACCACUGAGAGCUUACCAACAACUGUCAAACAGAGUACAAUGUGAGACUGGAUGGCACAAAUAUGACAGCCACUGCUACGUCUUCAUGGAACAAGAAGUCAGCUGGACUGACGGGCACAACAUCUGCAUGCAGAAUGGGGCCCAUCUGGUUUCUAUCAGAAACUUCAUGGAAAAUAUGUUCAUCAGAUCGCUCAUCCCAUCUGGCAUCACGAAAAUCGUCUGGAUUGGACUAGAGAACGUCCACAAAAACAAAGAUUGGUGGACGGAUGGGUCACGUCUUUCGUACACCAACUGGGCUCCAGAUGAACCAAACAACGACCACGUGGCCAGUUGGUUUGAAGGAGAAAAUUGUGGAUCCAUGUUCUCAAGGACCGGCAAAACUUUUCUUUUUGGUCUUUUUGGUCCGGUGAAGGAGAGAGGCCAGUGGAACGACGCUGACUGUGACCAUCUGUACCCCUUUAUUUGCAAAAAGCCAAUGUAAGAAAAAUGAUGUGGAUUCAAAUGCAAAUAUUGAAGUUUGUAGUUGAGAUGCAAGAAACUUGGAUGAGAUGGUUGUAUCAGAAGUUAAUGAAGUUAACAGAUCAUGUUUCAUGCUUAUUAUCAAGUUUAUUUCCCAAAAGGAAAAAAAAAUCACAAUCAAUAUUUAUGGCACAACAAUUGCAACGGGCAAAAUGUAUGGCACGUUUUAUAUCAGUACAUUUGCUUAUAGCAAUAAUAUAGUGUUCUACACGACUUAAGACUAAUCACUAUGCCGCUUUAUCUGAGUGGUUCAAUCCAUAAGAAACUAGUAUUGCAUGGUAAAUUGUAUGUGUAUGUAUGGUAAAUUAGAACUGUUUGUGUUAGAAGUAAUACGAUUUGAUUUGAGAAAAGUGGUUGAGAUGUAUCGGUCUAUGUACAGGGAAAUUGCAUCAGGGCAUGUCAUAUUAGUAAAUUGAAAGCCUUCGAGCUUGUCUUUGUAUUGCUGGUGAAUGAUGAUAUCAAUAUGUAUUGAGUAAUGACCAAAAGAGAGAGUGAGAAACUGACAUUUUGAUGAUUGUUUUGGUUUCUGUAUUCAAAUUGAACAAAGCAUUGGGAAUUUGGUGUUGCACUUUCUCCAUUGUACAGAGAGCACUGAUGAUGUUCGUCAUCAGUGAAAUAUCAUAACUAUAAGAAUUACGAGAUAACUUCAUAAGCAGAUGGUGUACAAUAGGAAAGGCUGCUGGCGUGAUGUAUUUUUUUAGAUUCAUAUUUUAUCAACUUUCAUAAAACAUUAGCAGCUGGACUACCGAUGCUGCAGACAGAACACUGUCAGUGUGCACUGAAGAAAGAAUAAACUUCACAUUUGAACUUC